AUGGCCAUCGACACCGUCCCUCGUGGAGACGUUCGCGCAACCUUGAACUUCUUCGCCGGCCCCGAAGACGGCUCCGCUCCUUACAACCUCAUCGUCCCCCAGGGCCUCCCAGGACGCAACUACUCUGACGACCCACAAGAGGCCCUCCUUCACGACAUCCGCGGCCGUGAGUCCGACUUCAACCUUGACCACGACGCUUUCGCCGUGAUCCGCAACCAGCCCCCUUCUGCCGAGAAGGAUUUUGUGGAUGACGAGUCCAUCCAGCAGAACUACUACCCCGAGCUUGAGAAGCUCCUCCUGGAGCAUGUGCCGGGCUCAAACAGGGUCCUCUUCUUUGACCACACCGUCCGCCGGGCAGACCCAAAGGCGAACAGAAACCCCGUGACCAGGGUGCACAUUGACCAGACACCUGUGUCUGUAAUCCAGAGGGUCAAGAAACAUCUGCCAGAGGAGGCGGACAAGUUGCUUGCUGGCCGUUAUCGGAUUAUCAAUGUCUGGAGACCGCUGAACAAGAACCCUGUCGAGUCGUUCCCCUUGGGCUUCGCAUCUUCGUCGACGUUGGAUGAUGCCGACAUCGUUCCCAUUGAACACCGUUACUCUAACGGGUAUACUGGUCAGACCGCCGGCAUUAAGUUCAGCCCUAAUCAGAAGUGGUAUUACUUGAGCGGUAUGACUGGUGACGAGAGGCUGCUGCUUGAAUGCUUCGACAGCGAGGGUCUCCGAGACGGUACUGGAGUCCACGGAGGAAGGCUAGCUCAUACUGCCUUUGUGGACCCAAGGACAAGGCCUGAUGCCGAAGGUCGCGAAAGUAUAGAGGUACGGGCACUGGUAUUUGGGCCAUGA